GUCCAAUUUUUUGAGUGGUAGAAUGAUAUAUUAUUUAUUAUGUGUUAUAGACAUAUUGGUACAGAGUGGGAGUAAGGUAAUUACAGGUGAUUUUUUGUUGACAUGGGGCACUAGGACUACGUCUAGUACACAGCCGCCGUCUGUGGAGGAUAACGGUGCUGCCUUCUCUUCAUCGAGAACAUCGCUCCUAACGCCGCAAGCUUCGACCCAUUGUGAUGACCAUUGUGCACGCGGUUAUGUCCCACUCCCGCAACCGGAGCACCCGUUACCACAGGUUCAUGAUGUCUGCGCGAUGAGAAGAAUCCCCUUCGUUGAGGCUGCGCCACGACAACCUGUUCACGAGGGCGGCGUGAGAAGAGUCCACCGGCACGUCCUGGCCCUCGGGACGCGUAUUGGGUUCUGGAUCCAUGAACUGGAGCUGGAGCUGCCAUGGGAACAGCGGCGCCUGGUGCGGCGUGAUGGUGGUGAUUAUGGUGGUAGGGACGUUGACCGGGGGGGGUGAAGAUAGUUCUGAGACGAUCCAUUGCAGACGGUUUGUAAUAGACCUGUUGAGGGGCAGGGCGACGCUGAAAAAGUGGCAUGGUUGUAAUAUGUUUGAAGAU